AUGUAUUUUACAAAAAAUAGUGUAAUACCAUUUUUUUUGAAAAAAACAUUCAAAGCGAAUAGACUAUUAAAAAAUGAAAACAAAAAUUUAGAAUGUAUAUAUAUUAGGAAUAAUAUAUGUAUAGGGAAGACCAAAAUUAUGAAUAGAUAUAAAAAUACUGGAACUAAGAAAUUUCACAAUAAACCGAUAUAUCAUAGUGAAAAUGAAACAGUUGAAAAUAAGUUAAAAGAUAGUUACUAUAGAAAUAUAGGCACGAAUAUAAGAAAUAGUAAUAAUAACAGAAAAGACGUAAAAGGUGUAAAAGGAGUGAUUUUGAAUAAAAACAUCUCUAGCUGUGUAAAUUCAUUCAAGGUAAAUGAAGAUAUUACUACCAUGGAUCAUCUUCCAGGAAAUUUUGAGGAUAUAAAUCUGAUAACAGCAGAAACGAAAUUCAAAAAUGAAAAUCCUGAGUAUAUAUCGAAUAAUUAUAAUGAUAUUAUUACAAAGGGGAAAGCAAACAAUUCAGAAUUAAUAAAAUAUAUUAGGAAGAAAAGAAAAAAAAAAUAUAUAUUUAAAGAAUUUUCCGUUUUCUCAUUCAACAUACUAGCAAAUAGCUUAGUUGAUUAUAAAUAUGAGAGCAACUGUUCUAACGUUAUGAAAUGGAUUAAUAGAAAAGAAUUGAUUUAUCAAUGUAUUAUGAACAAGUUAUCAGACAUAAUAUGUUUACAAGAAAUAGAAGAAUCUUAUUUUAUGGAAUUAGAAAAUAAACUAAAAUUAUUACAUUACAAAGGGUUAUUUUUAAAAAAGAAAAAAGAAACGUGUAAAGAUGGUAUAUGCAUCUUUUAUAAUACAAGAGUUUUUGAAUUAUUAUUUUUUGACGAAAUUAUCUAUGACAAAUCGCUACUUUUGAAAAAAUGGCAUGUAGGUUUAAUAACAGCCUUACGAAAUUUACAUUCGAAAAAAAUAGAAUAUUAUGAUGAAGAUAUGAACUGUAAUAACAGUAUGGAGGAUAACAAAGAAAGGAUUAACGCGUCUGACUUUUUAUUUCAUGUAAAUGAUAUUGUUAUUGUUUCCAACACACAUUUAAUCUUUGAUUCUUGUAAAGGUGAUGUUAAGUUGUAUCAGUUAUGUUACAUGUCUUAUCGCUUAAUUGUUAUGAUAAAUAAAUGCAUUAAUUAUUUAAAGAGUAAUGUAAAAGGAGGUAAAUAUGGAUCUGAGGAAAAAGGUAGACAAAACGAGGAAGAAAAACAAGUAGAAGAAAAGGAAUAUGAGGACGAAGAAAAAGCAGAAAAGGAAGAGAAAAAAAAAAACGAGAGUAACACUUUUCUAAAGCCUGGUGUUAUUUUUUGCGGAGAUUUAAACAUAACACCUAAUAGUUUACUAUACUAUUAUAUAAUUAACAGAUACAUAAAUCUGAAGAAUAUAAAUUUAAAAAAUAUAUCUGGUCAAUAUUUAAUGUUUAAAAAGCAGUAUUAUUUUUAUAACUAUUUAAAUGGAAAUGAAAUUAAAAAAAUGUUUGAUGAAAGUAUAUUGAAUGAUUUAAAAAAUGAACAAUGUAGUAAAAGCUUAAUUGAAAACAUAAAGAAAGAAUCGUUAUUUUCAUUUUUCAAGAAUGAAGAUAUACUAGAUGAAGAACAUUUAAUAAACAUAUUUUCAGAUAUGAAGGGCGCGAGUUUGAAAAAUUAUAAUUCAUAUGAGUAUAAUUUUUACAGAUUAAAGAAUGAGGAUAAAAAUGAGCAACUCUCAAAUAAUGAUGUCCAAAAAAAAAAAAGAAAAUGUUCUUUCAUUGAACAGGUCGAGGAAGACUACAAAUUCAGUGAACAAUUCGCAGAGAUAAAUGAAGAAAAAGAAAGUGGGAAUAAUAAUUGUAAAUUAUGCGAAAUAACUGUUAGGAAGGAGAAAGAAAAGGAAGAAAUGGAAAUAGUUGAGAAUGAAGAACAGGAGGAUUUUAUACUAUACUAUCCCUUAUAUUUUGAAAGUAUAUAUAACAGCUGUGUGGAUAAUCGAAUAGAAAAAUCCUGUUACAAGUAUGAUACCAUUGAUGAAUUAAAUAAUAAAGAAAACAAUUUAGUGUUAAGUGAUAUUCCAUUUACUGUUUUUCAUGGAAAGCAAAAAGGAUGCGUCGAUUAUAUAUUUUAUUCAUAUAAAAAUUUGAAGAAAAUAUCGUGCACCAGUUUUCCUGCAUUUGGAAAACUUGCAAAAUAUGGGUGUCUUCCGAAUGAGAAGUAUUCUUCCUCCGAUCAUUUGUAUUUACAUGCCACCCUAGUUAGAUGGACAGAUGAAUAA